CACUUUUAAUUUCUCUAUAUAUACUUGGGUUGGGACUUCCAAAUGAAGCCUUCUCUACAGUUGAAUUUUACAACACUGCCACUUGAAUGCAAUGGCCCAUCUCAAUCAGCUCCCAUCUGAGAUCAUCUCCCCACAUUCUGUAUCUUUCCUCUCCCCAAAACCUCCUCUCUCAUUCUCCACUUCCCCUUAUGCUACAACCCUCUCCAAAAACCACACCUCCCUUAUCCUUCACCCCUCCUCCUUAUCCUCCACACCCUCCUCUCCCUUCACAGAAAAGCACUCCUUUGGGAGGUAUCAAAGGGACAGCUGGGUAUACAGAGAAGACCCACCUCCCUAUUCUUCGUGCUCGCUUGAUACUGAUUCGAAUUCCAUCAGAGACGAUGACAUUGCUCUGCAGCUGCCCGAAUUGAAGAGGCUGCUCCAGGUUUUGAGAGAGCGGCGAGCUAAUGAGGUCUCUGCCGGUGGUGGAGGAAAGAGAGAGCUGGGGAACGUUUUCUUGGUCGGGACGGGGCCUGGCGAUCCCGAGCUGCUGACUCUCAAGGCGUUGAGGGUGAUUGAGAACGCUGAUCUUUUGUUGUAUGAUCGGUUGGUCUCGAAUGAUGUGUUGGAGUUGGUGAGAGCGGAUGCACGGCUUUUGUAUGUGGGAAAGACCGCUGGGUACCAUAGCCGAACGCAGAUCAAUUUGCAGGAGGAGAUUCACGAGUUGCUACUGAGUUUUGCAGAAGCGGGUGCUACUGUCGUGAGGCUUAAAGGAGGGGAUCCACUGGUGUUUGGGAGGGGUGGAGAGGAGAUGGACUUUCUGCAACAACAAGGAAUUCAAGUGAAGGUUAUUCCUGGCAUUACGGCUGCUUCAGGAAUAGCAGCAGAGUUGGGAAUUCCAUUGACACACCGCGGUGUUGCAAAUAGUGUUAGAUUCCUGACAGGGCACUCCAGGAAAGGAGGCAAGGACCCUCUGUUUGUAGCAGAGCAUGCAGCUGAUCCUGAUUCAACCUUGGUUGUUUAUAUGGGUUUGUUGACACUCCCAUCACUUGCUCAGAAGUUGAUGUAUCAUGGCCUGCCACCUGAUACUCCAGCCGCCGCAGUGGAGCGGGGAACUACACCUCAGCAGCGCAUGGUAUUUGCAGAACUGAAGGAUCUAGUGAAGGAAGUUCAAAUGGCAGAUUUGGUAUCGCCGACGCUAAUAAUAAUUGGAAAGGUAGUGGCACUUUCAUCAUUCUGGCCUCUUUCUUCUAAAGAAGCCCUCAUGGUAGAGGAGACUAGAUAAUAGUAAUACUACGCAGAAGGAUCUAUAACUCACAGCACUGACUGAUGGAGAGGACAGACGAUUUUGGUGAGAGAAGCUCAGAAAAUAAACAGACGGGCCACGGCCAUCUUCAUCUGUGUCAUCUUCGCAAUUUUGGCUACCAUAUAGGAUGCCAUCUAAUGCAGCUGAUGCCAUAUAUGAGUUCGCAAGUGAAAAGGCUCAUCUGCAGCCCUCUCAGAUUCAUCUCUUUGAUGUUUACUGGAAGAUCAGUUCAUCCAUUUUUGGUUUGUAGUAGUUUGAGCAUCUGUCUGAGAAAGAACCCUAGGCUCCAUGGAGGCAUUUUGGAGGAUAGGUGUCGAGAUUGAGAGAAGAAUGGAUUGCUUGUUCCUGUCAAUGGAGAUAAAUAUGCAGUUUAAGUGUGUUUAAUAAGGUUUGAUAUUGAAAGGCAGCGAGAUGGAGAGCAAAGAUGUUCCCCUCGAUGAUGUCUCAAAUGCGGGAUUCUUGUGUAUACUGUAGUAGCAAUUCGCUUUGAGGUUCUGUAAUGUGGGAUUCUUGUGUAGUGACAAUUUGCUUGUGAUUGGUUUUCUUAUGUAUUUUUGUGGACCAUGAUUGCCAAGAAGAUGAAAGGUUCUGUAAGGGCGUUUCCAGUA